CAUAUGUCGCCAUUGUAUUAAUAAUGUAUGCUCAUGACUUAUGAAGCAACAAUGCAGGUUUUAAGUAAAGUUAAGCUUUCAAAGUUAUCCCUAAAGCAAUUUGUUUUGCUCCAAUAGCCCGCAUUCGCCAAGUAUUAGCCGCUUCACCCAGAUAUCCAAACCCAUGAACCGCGAUCGCCAACUUCCUAAUACGGCAAUGAUAUGGAGGAGAUAGCGAACAAGAUGGGCUUGGCCGCCUAUCUGGGCAUCUCGUCCCUUGGCAGGCGUCUGUGACCCUGUGUAUUCUUGUUGAAUUAUAGGGUCUAUUGCGUGGCCAUUGGGGUUCAUGUGGAGGUGCUGAAUGCAAUGAAUUCAAAUGAUAUGUAAGGUAUAUAACCGGGCAUUCCGGCCGCCUCUGGCUCUACGCGGAAAAGCUACUACGAUCUCAAUUGUCAUCCAAUUCGCCGAAAUGUUGGGCUCCAAGUUUCUUCCCGCUCUUUGGAGCAUCGGGUUAUCUCUCUGUGCGACCGCCAGCGCUACCUGCCCCGUGGCCGAUCUCAGUAUCAUUGCUCAUACAGGUGAAUCGGUAGGAACGGAAGUGGUACACAAUAAUGUCACAUUAUACACCACAGGCAAUCCAUCCGACAAGGCCGUACUCUACCUGACCGAUAUAUUCGGCAUUCAAUUGCUUGAGAACCGGCUGCUUGCGGAUAGUUUCGGCCGCGCGGGCUACUUCGUCGUCGCUCCCGACCUAUUCAAUGGCACGCCUGCCACUCUCGAUCUGGUCGAUAUGACGCCAAUCCAACGGGAGGUCUUCCUCGCGGCAGCUACGCCUGAGGACACCGAUGCUUUGAUUGCGACAGGCCUUGACUAUCUGCAAAAUGUCAAGAAAAUCUCUAGAAUUGCUACUACGGGAUACUGCUUCGGAGGUCGCUUUGCUUUCCGAUGGUUGGCCGAGGGCACUGGUGUCAGUGUCGGAUUCGCUGCGCACCCUAGCAAUCUUCAGAAUGAAGAGAUUGUCGCCAUCACAAACCCCGUGGCUAUCGCCCAUGCUGACAAUGAUUCGGCAAACCCAGCGGCCCGACAGGCUGAAAUCAAUGCCUUGCUCUUGAAGAACACCACACAGCCAUACACAGUAUCCUUGUACGGUGGCAAUUCCCAUGGCUUCGGUGUUCGUGCCAACGUCUCGGACCCUCGACAGAAAUUUGGAAAGGAACAGGCCUUCUUCCAAGCCGUCAGAUUCUUCGAUACCUGGGUAUAAGCUAGAGCUGGAUUAUUCCAAAUCGGUUCACAUGCUGCUAUAGAGACCCUGCGUAGUUGUUAGAUAAGCUAGCGAUGUGCUUCAAUUGAACGAUUGCGUAAAAAUGACUGAACGCAAGGAAUGCUUCCUCCUCAAUUCCAUUAAUAACUUGUAAAAAGAUCCGUGCCAUAUUGUCCCAUUUCGCUCUAUAAUCACGCUGAGUAUGGCAAGUGUUACUUGAUGUCACCCAUGAUGUUAGGCCGGGUGCUCGGUCCGACGUUUUAUACAUAGGGCGAACCGCAUCAAACCCGAAAUACUGAUAGGUAAACCUGCCUAUCCCCUCGCUCGCUAAAAUCAAAGCCGGAUGAGAUACUGU